CCCUCCUUCUACGCUUUCUUGAAAUCUCUCCAUUAAGGCUUCCGACUCCAUUUGACUCUGCCAAAACAGCUCUGACCAAGGUCACCAAGGAUCCUUGCAAAGUCCCAUCCACUGAUGGGUCUCAGUGCUCAUCUGACUCGUCUUGACAGCGGUACAUGACAUGGUUGCUCUUUCUUACCCUCCUCCCUUCAUUUCCAAGACCGCACUCUUCCUGCUUCUCUUCUGUGGCAGGUCGCUCCUUGUUUCCCAGACCUUAAUCACUGCAGUACCCCAGGGUGGGUGGGCCCUUGGACAUCUCUUUCCAUGCUUACCUCCUAGGUGAACCCAGUGGGUUCCAUCCUGUGUCCUGGAAUGUCUUUUUACUGAUGACUAGCAAAUUCGCGUCUCCAGCUUGGCUGUCUCCCCUAACCCACACACUCUCAGGUCCAGUGGUCUUUUUUGAUUUCUCCCCUUGGAUGACAUUCUGAAAUCCAAGUCCGCAGCCAAGCUCCUGAUUUCCAGUGCCCCAAACCUGUUCCUCCUGCCGUCUUCCUCAUCUCCAGGUGCUCCUGUCAAAAACUGUGGAGUCACCCUCGACCCCUCUCUGACUCAGGAUCUGCGGCUUGCCAUACCUUCCUAAUAGAUCCAGAAUCCCACCGUCUCUCACAACCUCCACAGCUACCCCCUUCAUCCAAGCCACUACUGUCUCUUGGAUGGAUGAUUGCCCUUGCCUUCUCAUGGCCUCCUUUCUUCCACCCAGAGCAGCCGGACAGAGCCUUUUAAAUGUGGAGUCAAAUCACUGUGUGCUCACAGCCCUCUUGUGCCUGUCUAUUUCCCUGGGACUAAAAGCUGAAGUCUUUAUUUACAAUGGCUGCAAGACCCCGGUGAUCUGGCCCUUUGCUAUCUCCCCGACAUUGUCAUCAUCUUCAUCUCCCUGUCUGUCUGUCUGUCUGUCUGUCUUUUCCCCUCCCUCCCGCCUCUCUUCCUCCUACUCUUCCCAUCCUCAGCAUUCUCCCUCACACUCACUGUUCUGGCCACCCUGGCCUGCCUGUCUUUCCUUGAAGGAACUAAGCCUGUCCCCUGACUUCAGGGCCUUCACCAGCUGCUUCUGCCACCUGUUCACAGGGGUCACUUCCUCCAUUCUGUUCAAAUGUGACCUUAUCAGCGAGCUCUUCUCUGAAAACCCCGUUAAAUGUAGCCCCUUCCUACAUACAUGCCUCCUGACAUAAUUAUUAGUAUGUUAUUAGCCCCCCUCUCCUCUGAGCACAGGGACUUUGUUCUGUCACUGCUGUGUCCUUAAGACCCAGAAUGAGCCUGGCACAUCUUGUAGGUGCUGAAUGAAUGAAUGAAGGGGGUGUUGAUUCAUUGUAUGAGUCUAUUAAGUAUGAAAGUCUUGGGAUACUUAAUAAAAGUUUUUAAGAAUUCACGUGCAACUUUUUAAAACGCUACAUCAAACAUGGUAGAUACAUAUACACACAAACUCUAAAUCUUACCCAGUGUCCCCUGUUUCAACCUGUAUUUCAUGAUGAGGCUGUUACUUUACCAACAUUUAAGUAUUAAUUAUGCAGCAGACGUUGUGCUAAGACUAUCCAGUGUAAUCCCCACAAUUCAGCAUAUGUUAUUAUCCCAUUUUACAAAAAAAGAAAUGAGGGUUAAUGAGUUUGAGGCCAACUGGUGACAGGAAGUGGCAGCCCAGGGGCUGGCUUGUGGUGUGCCAGACCCCAGAGCCUGACUCCAGAACAUGUGGGCUGCCGGACUACAAGCCUCCUGGACAUCCUUUCUAAGUGAUGUGCUCUCUACACGGGGGCCGUUUAUAUACCUAGUUAGAAAAGCAUUUAAAAAAUAAUAUUUAGUUUUGGAAAUCAAAGGUUAAAUUUGGAAAUUGUUAAGCAGUAAUAAAUUAUAAACAAGAUAGUUUUUAAAAAUUUUGAGCCGAGUGAUAUGGCAUGGCUCUCUGCCUAAUGACCUAGGAUAGCUGCUGUGCUCGGGUGCAUACAAACACGUUCUCAUCCCGUGGCAGUGAGCUGUUGCUAUGGUGGCGAACGCUUUUGUGUCUGAGCACAUGGAUACGAAUCACGCAGAGCCGGCUUGGGGUGUUCUGGGCUACUUGUUACUAGGACCUCUUCAGAGGAAAGUGAGAAAUGAAUCCGCAACUCCAGAUUUUUAUGGUGAACUUUGCAGUAGACUAUUGCUGUUCAGAGAAACAGCCUCAGACUCAAGAACAGAAACCGUGAAGGCAGAUAAAACCAGGAGGGAAUUUCUAAGAACAAGAGAAGAGGCUAUCGAUGAAACCAUGCCUAGACCUGCUUUUGUUCUGGUGCUCUAGAAGAGAUGGGCCAAGUUAGAGUUGGGGACUCAAAGAGCCCCGCUUUCCAGUGCUUGCUUCUCUCUGCCACGUCCUACUGACUCUCCUGGUCCGCUGUUUGAGGCCAGAAUCCCCUUCCUGAAGACCUGAAGGAUUGGACAAUAGCAACCUAGUAUUUUUGUUAGCACGACAAUUGAUGGAAUUGACAUUUCCCUUGAAGUGUCCGAAUGCCUGUGCAGUGAGCAGUAGCUGUUAUCACACUUGCUCCCCAUGGAUGGAAGGUCCAGAUUACAAACAGUAUGCUGUCCUGGGUUUUUGUAGGAGCUGUUUUUUUUUUUUUUUACAGAAUCAAGAAAGUAGUGAUAGCUGGUAACCAAUUGUAUGAAGCUAAAUCCUAUUCAUUAAUUUAGAUGUUGUGCUGAAUAUUGUCACUGAGGACAUAAAUGUGUUUUUUCAUUACUACCAUGAAACUUAAAAUGUGACUCCACACUCAAGAUAGUUUGGUGUCUAAUCCACUCUGAAAAACGACUGUAGGCUAACCUCUUCUUAGAGGUUCUAUUUGUUCUGUUGGGAAACUAAUGUCAGAAAUGUGAGUUGGAACUAAUUAGAGGGACUGUACAGUGUUCUUCAAUUCACUCAUAACAUGAUAGCAUGAAAUAUUUUGUUGAUUUUAUCUGAUGUGGAUGAAACUACCAAGCUUUUGUGUAAUAGUUGCUAGUACCACCACCUUGUGCCAUAGAUUUUGAUUUCUUGUUGACUUUAUGCUUUGUGUUGGGAUGGCAUGAUUCAUUCCUUUGUUUUCGUUGUGAGUUUGAAAAAUGCAGAUCGUGUAUUUCAAAGUAUUGCAGUGUGUGUAUAAUUCAGAAUUUCCCCCCAAGGAUGUUGACUUCAUUAUUCAAAAAUUUGCUGAGAUAGAAUUUUUCAAGUUUCAAAAAAUAAUUAAGGCUCUCUUUAGACAAGACUGCUUGUGAACAGAGAAAUAAGAUAGAAAGUGACAUGGGUGAGCAAUUAAGACUCCUCCUCAGGAUUAGUCCAUAAGGUGACGUGAAGUAUUCUUAUUGUGUUCUUUUAUUUUCAUGGGCUUUGUGUCAUGACCUCUUCAUUUUUUUCCCCAUUCCAACAGCUGCUGGCUUUUAAAUGGAAUAAUUUCUUUGGUAUUUGCAAUGUUUGAGAGAUGCUUUGAACAUACCCAGCCAUUGUUCCCAAGCAACUGACUGGGUCAAAAUUGGGAUUUGGCCCUCACGCUGUGAACUUAAUAACCAACCCUUUUUUGCUUUAAAAUAUGAAUUGUAAUUUAUUUCAUUGUUCUUUGUUCUUUCUUCCUUCCUUUUUUUUUAAACAGGCUGCAGAUACUUUGGCUGUGAGGCAAAAAAGAAGAAUUUAUGACAUCACCAAUGUCUUGGAGGGAAUCGACCUGAUUGAAAAAAAGUCAAAAAAUAGUAUCCAAUGGAAAGGUGUAGGUGCUGGCUGUAAUACGAAAGAAGUCAUAGAUAGAUUAAGAUAUCUUAAAGCGGAAAUUGAAGAUCUAGAACUGAAGGAAAGAGAACUUGAUCAGCAGAAGUUGUGGCUACAGCAGAGCAUCAAAAAUGUGAUGGACGACUCCAUUAAUAAUAGAACGUUUUCCUAUGUAACACAUGAAGACAUCUGUAAUUGCUUUAAUGGUGAUACACUUUUGGCCAUUCAAGCACCUUCUGGUACACAGCUGGAGGUACCUAUUCCAGAAAUGGGUCAGAAUGGACAAAAGAAAUACCAGAUCAAUUUAAAGAGUCAUUCAGGACCUAUCCACGUGCUGCUUAUAAAUAAAGAGUCCAGUUCUUCUAAGCCCGUGGUUUUUCCGGUCCCCCCACCUGAUGACCUCACACAGCCUUCCUCUCAGUCCUCGACUCCGGUGACUCCACAGAAAUCCAGCACGGCGACUCAGAAUCUGCCUGAGCAGCACGUGUCUGAAAGAAGCCAGAAUCUUCAGCAGACACCAGCCACAGACUUAUCUUCGGGAUCUAUUAGUGGAGAUAUCAUUGAUGAGUUAAUGUCUUCUGAUGUGUUUCCGCUCCUCCGGCUCUCCCCCACCCCGGCAGAUGACUACAACUUUAAUCUAGACGAUAAUGAAGGAGUGUGCGAUCUGUUUGAUGUCCAGAUACUAAAUUAUUAGAUUCCACGGCAACUCGGGACUCUUAUCUACCUCUAACUGUGUAACCUUUUAGACUUCUUAAUAACCUAAGUAUUUAAAAUAAUGAAUGUAACACCUUUUUAGUUCACUGAUUCUGAAGUGUUCUUCCCUAAUACUUUCUCUUUUUUACUUCACAAAACUUCAACCAUCAAACAAAGGGCUCUGCUUCAUGAUAAAAAGUGAUUAAAUAGCCACCAGCCCCCCACCACCCUUAAGUAAUCACAUUCUGGGAUUUCAACUUUUCUUCUAAUUCUGAAUCCUUCUGUUUUUUUCCUCUUAGAAGAGGAGAGUUAAAGUAGACUUAAGGUCGUCAAAAACAGAAAGUUUGGCCAAGGGCUCAUCACUUGUCUGUCUUACAUUUUUACUGCCAUGAAACUGUCCCCAUUUCUGUGUCCUCCACGCCAGACAUUCACUGCCACUUCUAAAGUGAAGGAUGUA